AUGCUUCAGGGGGGCAAGAAGCGCUCCCUUGCCCGGCACCAAAAAGUGGAUGUAGCUACGGAGUUUCCUCUGGUCACGUUCUUCCUGCUCAUCAACAACACGGGGACGCCCGCCGCAGCAGACCUGUCCCAACUCAGCAUUCGAGACGCCGUGUCCGGCCUCACGCUCGUGAACAACAGCGGGCGACUCCUGGAGAGAGGCUUCCAGACCUUCAGCACGGACUCACUGUCAGCGGGAUCUCAGUAUCUUGUGAACUACACUGCAGUGAUUAAAGGCUACAAGAAUGAGCUCCUGGCCCUUCCGGCCUACCUGACCUUCUCCAACACUUCACAGAAUGACAUCAAUUUGUUGGGUCCUCUGGUUGCAAACUGUACCCUGAGGGUGACCUCUACAGAAAAGUUUUACCCUAAUCACAGUGUCCACUUCGCUGGCUUCGUGGGGGCGUUCCUGCUGUCUGCUCUGGUGCUGUGCCUGGCCCUCCCCAUCAUCGCCCGGAUCCGCGCCGUCACCCGAAAAAACCCUCUACAGCAAAGGAAAAGAAAAGCGGUGUUGAGUGGAGAUGCCGACCCUGAGUACGGCACGUGCAACAUCAGCGAGACGGCCAAGGAGGAGGCCGCCUUCGAGGACAAGAUGGUGGACAUCAUGGUGCUGGAGGACCCCCAGAACAUGUACCAGGCCUUAGAGAACCUGGACAUGUCCAACCUGCUGCGGGCGGCGGCCAGCCUGGAGAGCAGCCGGGUGCAGAUCCACAAGGACCUGAUGGCGGCGCUGCUGCGCGGGCUGCGUCUGCGCGGACAGGUGUCUGCGCAGGCGGAGCGGCGGCUGCUCAGCGUGCUGCAUGGCCAGCUGAUGGGCAUGGAGGGCAAGCUGAAGGAGGAGCACGUGGCGCGCAUGGCCGCCCUCGCCGCCCAGUGCAACAUGGAGACGCGGCAGGAGAUGGAGGCGGAGCACCGCCGCGAGGCGGCCGAGAAGGACCGGGCCGAGCUGCUCUUCCAGCACGCCGACCAGCAGGUGGUUCUGGAGUGCAGCGUCCUCCUGGAUAAACUCCACAAGCUGGACCAGAAGCAGCUGCAGCGGAGUCUGCUGGCCCGGCACGAGGAGGCUUCCGCCCAGGUCCAGAGGCAGAUCGUGGUGAGGCGGCGGGUCGAGCUGCACAAGAUCUUCACCGAGGAGCUGGAGGAGGCCACCAGAAUGGGCGAAAUGGAGCGGAACGUGGCCAACGACCUGCUGCACUCCUACUUCACCUGUCAGGAUCAGCUGGAGGAGGUGCUGGACGUCUUCCUGGCCACUCAGAGGAGCGUCCUGGCCGAGCGCCACGCCCAGAGGCAGUUCCUGGUGCACAGCCUCCAGAGCCUGAAGAGCCUGAUCUGUGAGGUGUUCGCCAAGACGUCCGGCCAGGUGGAGAGCUGGUUCCAGGAGCUCAAGAGGGAGGCUGCUGUGGCAGAGGACCAGCUGGACUUGCUCCUGGACAAGGCCCAGAAGGAGCUGGUGCUGGUGAAGCAGGGCCUGGACGAAGCCCUGACCCGGGAGAGGAGCGGCAUGCACUGCGGCCUGGUCAAGAAGAGGAGGGGCCUCAUCUCCGACAAGCUUCAGGAGCACAAACAGAAGCAGAAGGAGCUGUCAGCUCUGGCCAGGUCCUGCGAGGAGAGCCUGGACCCCGCCCACUACCUCGGCUGCUGGCAGAGCCUGCUGACGGCCCAGUGCCUGGAGCUGGGGGAGCUCAUCAACAACCUGGACGAGGAGGCGGCCGCCGACAUCCGCAAGGUCACCAUGCGCGUGAUCCACAGCGCGGUGGCAGAGGUGAAGGGCAUCCAGCCGGCGGCCGCGCAGGCUCUGCUGGGCCUGGGGGUGCCGCGCUUCCUGCUGCAGCAGGAGCUGGUGGGCGGCGCCCUGUCGGAGGCCCAGGAGAGGCUGCACCAGGAGGGCAAGGCGGCCGUGCGCACGCUGCAGAGCACCCGGGACGCGCUGCAGGACCGCAUGGAGCAGGAGCUGCAGCAGCAGCAGGCCCUCCGGCAGCGGGGCAGGGCCUUCUUCCAUGCCCUGUGUGCAGCCCAGCUGACUCUGUCAGAGGAGGAGUUUCUGCGGAUGAAACUGGAGUUCCAGAACUGCCUGUCCAGGAUGGACCGCUGCCUGGUCCUCCCCCGUGCCCUGUCCCGCUCCAGGCUGCAGGCCUUCCUGUCCCAGUGGAGGAAGGACACACUGGAGCGGUCGGAACGUGGCCUGCCGGUGGCCGCACCGGAGAAACAGGCAGAGAAGAAGUCCAAAGUCAGGGUGCCGCUGCCUGAGGGCAGACAGACUGAAGGCCUGUCAGAUCUGCUGCUCUUCCAGAAACAAACAGAGGAGAAAAUCCAGCUGUACGAGCAGGAGAAGGAGAUGGAAAGCGCUGCCAUGAAGAAGGUUCAGGAGGAGAUGCGCAGUGAGCGGGAGAUGGAGCUCAGGGCCCAGGAGGAGAGCCUGGCUGUGCAGACAGCUGCUUUGCACUUCCAGAAGGCAGAGAAGAGAGGCAGGGCCAUGGAGACCUACGGAGCCGUGCUAACCCUGCAAAACCUGCUGGUGGAGGAGCUGAGAGCCAGCGGAACCCUGGGAGGAGCCGAGAUACCGCAGAGCAUACACAACCACAGCCUGGGUUUGGAGGAGGCGGAGCUUGUGCUGCAGAGGGAGAGGGCGGAGUGGGAAGCUCUGUCGGCGGCCUGCUCCCAGACUAACACCCCUGGGGAGCUAUACGAUGACGAUGAGGAGGAGGAAGAGGAAGAGGGCGGCAUGUUCCAUGUGAACCGGGAUUGUAGGAUUGCGGUCAGCCUCCAGGAGGCCCUAGACAAAAGGGAGCAGGUCAUAAGCAUCCUAACUGAAAGGCUAAGGGAAGAAGAUAUGAGACACCAGGUGAUGGAGGAUCUAAAGGACCAGCUGGAGUUUAAACGGCUCCACAUGCAUUUCGAUCAGGAUCUGGAGUUUGCCGCGGAUCUGGUGAAGCACAGUCAGACGUCAGCUGGCGUCCUGCUGGAAGCCCUGCGCCUCCUGCUCCCCACGGCCCCCGAGUCGGACCUGCUGUCCCUGGUUGACGCCCUCUGCCCCAAGCAGACCGCGGCACUGCCCGCUAACGAACGGGAGAAGGGGUGGGCUGAAGGAACGAGAAAUACCCUCCUGGUCAGACUCAGGGAAGAUAUUGUGAGCAGGAACAUGUGGACAGGCCUCCUGGACAGUGAGAAGGAGAGGAUUGGGAUGAAGAGGCAGAGGCUGAGGAGGCUGUUCUCUGACCCUCACUUCGAGACCCCCAGAAGCCCCCAGCAGAUAUUAGUGGUGGAGAAGUCGGGGGCGGGCCCGCGUGUGGCAGAAGCACCAGCCUGCGAUCUGAGUUUGACAGCAGGGACAGGACCACACGAGCCACAGCCGGAGCCACUGGGUGACACGUGUGCCACCGCCACUGCCACUGAGGUGUGGGACAUGGCUGGCAUGGGAGAGAAAGUGUCCAUCUUCCGCCUCCCGCCCGAGCCCCAGGACUCCACUGUCAGGACAGGCGGGAAGAGGAGGAAGAAAAGGAACUUCCUCAACUUCAAGAAGGGGUCAGUGGCUCCUCAGGACUAGCAAUUACAGUACGUAACAUGGAGAGAGGAACCUGAGGACGUUUUCUUCUCCCUGUGACAUUACAAAAAACGCGGACAUCCC